GUCAGGUGACAGGUCACAGUAACUCAGUAGAGCACUGUGGCAGAAGCAGAGGCGAUCAGGGUCGAUUGUCAGAUGAAAUUCUCUCUUUUAUUAAUUUCUCUCAGGCUGGCUGUCUUUCAUCUCGGCGGGCGAAGUUGGACGGACGCAAAGAGUGGCAGAUAUGUCUUACUGCAGGCAAGAAGGUAAAGAUCGCAUUAUCUUUGUGACCAAAGAGGACCAUGAGGCUCCCAGCAAUGCCGAGUUGAUUGCGGAUGAUCCGCAUGAUCCGUACGAAGAGCAAGGCCUCAUCCUGCCCAAUGGUGACAUCAAUUGGAACUGCCCGUGUCUCGGGGGCAUGGCCAGUGGACCUUGUGGCUCUCAGUUCAAGGAAGCUUUCUCAUGCUUCCACUACAGUAAGGAGGAGGUGAAGGGCUCCGAGUGCAUCGAUCACUUCCGUAACAUGCAGGAGUGCAUGCAGAGGUACCCUGAGCUCUAUCCUCAGGAGGAAGACAAAGAAAGCUCCAAUCAGCCACAGGCAAAGUCUGCUUCUGACUCACCCGAGGACUCUGCCUUAUCGCCCCAAACAGACUCUGUUCCAGUAAGCUCACCAACAGACAGCCAAACUGGCAGCUAAGAGCAACUGUCAACCCACAGGCUCUUAAAUCUGUGUAUGCAAGCACUGCAUUGCAAAGAUUUAUGCUCUCUAGUCAUGAAAACCAAUAAAGAAGGCCUGCACUGUGGUGACUUUCCUGGGCGGCACCAAAAGAAGACUUGAAGCAGAAAGAUAUAUGGUAUUGUGUUGGUGAUUAUGUGAAACUAUUCCUAGGAGGUUCCAUGGACCCUGGUCAAUGGAAAAAUAAACUCUCAUAUUCUCAUAAGAAAAAAAUGUCAUGAGCAUCUCCAUUCCCAAACUUUCUGUAUGACGUCACUUGUGCGAAUUAUGUUCAAAUUCUUUUGCUGCCAACCUGUGCAUUAAAACACAAACCAUUCUAAUACCACUGUUGAAAGAACAACUGCUGUACUGCCUUAAAUGUCAUUUAUGGACAAUACAAAUAUGAUUGUAUUUGUCAAACAUACAGGUGUAUUCAGGUGACAUUUCGAACCCCUUUUGUGAUUUGUGCUUGUUAAUGUUGGACCUGAUCAUUCAGAACUAUCUACAUUUCUUUGUUGCUGCUGAGUCACCAGCUGAAAGAUUGAAUGAAAAUGUUAAACUAGGCCAAUUGGCUCCCUUAUGUGAUACAAACAGUGCUUUGUCUGCAUGUGUGUGAGUACUAAGUGUACCUUCAGUUCUGGUUACUGUUAUUGCCACCUUUGAGUUUUUAUGUAUGACAUACAAUAUCUCAGUGAUGCUCAAAGUGUGGUACUUGUACCAUUAGUGUUACGCAAAAGAAUCCCUGCCCAAGUACAGUUAAGUUCUGUUCAACGUUUUAGUACAGUCUCCUAUAUUAAGGCACAGUGUUAAUGUUCAGACUGUGCAAAAUGUUACAGCAACCUGCAGUGAUAGUUUCAUAACCUAUUAUGGUACUGUAUUUUAAUGUUUCAUGAUGGUGGUACUUGGAGCGCUGAGUUUUUUUUUUUUUUAAAACAUAGUACUUGGUAUAAAGGUUUGAGAACAACUGCAAUAUCUUCUGAAAGUUCUCAUUUAGUUUAGUUUUCUUCUGUACACAAAGAAGGACCUAGUCCCAGAUCAACUUGUCUGUCCGUGUUCUCUUUAGCACUGAUCCUGGAUUCCAGUAAUGGUGACCAGAACAAUAUUACUGUGGAACCUUUGAAGACAAUGAUCAUGGGUGCGAGUAAAGUUGGAGAGAAAUGUACCAGCUACUUUUAAACAAAGAAAAUUGAUCAGAUGCUCAGUCAGGCGAGCCACAAGAUGAUACGUAAAUUGACUCGCCUUCAAUAUAUCCUCCAUCAAAUGAGGUUAAAACAAAAAGGAGAAUUUAAUAAAAUCCAGACAUUUACACAUUCAGGUUCACCUAUGUCUGCUGCGCUCUGAGCAAUAAUUAUGACUUUAAUCGACACGAUUGUUCAGAAUAAAAUGAUGUU